AUAAGAAAGCAAACAAAAAUUUUGUAAGCAGACGUUUAAUUCCCAUAUCUACGGUGAUAUCAUAAAAAGAUACCUGUAAGAUGUCUGCCCUGAAAUAAACACCCCUGCUCUUUGUGAAAUCGAAGUAUGUAUCGUGGUAAUGUUAUAUUAUCAAAUGGAUCUGUGGCUUCCCCCUAUGGCAUUGUACCUGGACAGCAACAGCAGCAACAACGACCUGUCAUACUGAAUUCUAUGUACCGAUUUGGUCAACAGUCUCAACAAGCCACAUACAGGACGCGAAUACCCCCUCAAGCUGUUUCUGGACAGCCACUGCGCAUGCCUGCUGUUCCUACAGGUUACGGUUCCUUGCCAUACACAGUAAAGCCUGCCCCUCUAGUUCCGACAGUCUCAGUUAGGAGUCAGACUCAGUCCCAGCAAUAUAGUUCCACAGUCAUUGGUGGCAGUGGCCAAGCUCAGCAUUAUUCUGCUGUUAGGAGUCAAACACAACAGUUUUCUACAGGACCAAAACCUACCCCAAAUGUACCAAUCUGUGUGAAUAUUUUGAACAACAAUGUUGCUACUGGUGCCCCUUUGCAGCAAGCUCCUGUUGAGAAUGAACAAAUCCGCAGAGUGAUUCUUCAAAAAGCAAACAUUCAUCAGAGUCCUGGAAGUAAGACAGUCGUUACCAAUAAAACUAUUGUCUCAAACAACACGAUAAUUAGAAAUGAUACUCAUGAUACAGUUGUAAGGAAUAAUACAAUUGUUGCUAAUAAGACUCUAGUGGCUAACAACACGCUUGUAUCAAAUAGUACACUGGUAAAAAAUAUCAAUCUGGUGAAUAAUUCUCAAAUUGCUGUUGCAAAUCUUGCAAGCAGAACUCCAAACCUUCCACAGCAAAUCAGGUAUGCUAACCAGUAUAAUUCAGAAAUUCUCAAGCAGAUUGAUGCGAAAAGAAAUCAGUUGAUAGCCCAGCGAUAUUACAACAGACACAGGUUUAGUCCAGCUGCAGAGAGCACCAAUCAAAAGGAAAACGUAAAUUUUGCCCGUCUCCAAACUGAGAAAUUUCAAGGUAGUGACAUUAGGGCUAUUGAGGGCAGAAUUUCACCUGCUAAUUUGGACAGAAGUGUUUCACCGCAUGGUAGUGAAAGGAGUGCUUCACCCUCAGAUCCAGAUCAGAAUAAUUCACCUAAACAAGACGACCCAAGAAGUGAUUCUCCAAGUGACCCAGAACCAAGCUGUUCGUCUACUGCUAUUAAUAGAAGCAUUUCUCCUUGUGAAUUUGAAAAAGGUAUAGUGUCGACAGACGAAACUGAAGAAGAGAUUUCAGACAUGGCAUCAAAGGAUUAUGAAAGGCCACAAAGCAGAAACUCAAGACCAAGUUCAAGAAACUCAGAUUCAAAUCAGAAUCGAACUUCUGGUAGUGGAAAAAGGCGGGCAGAGUCCCCACAUGGGGAUGAUACAAAGCGAGUUCGAGGCCUGCAGUGGGGACAGGGUGUGGAUAAUGAUGUUGCUCAUUACCAAAAUCCUGCCUAUGCUGGCACUACCAAGGCAAGUCAAGAUAUGUUGGAUUACUUCCUGAAGAAUCACCAGACAGAAUCAGCAUUACAGAAGAAGAUGGAGUUGAGAGAUGCACUACUGGCAAUAAUUACUGCUGCUUUUCCUUAUUGCAGUCUGUAUAUUGUUGGGUCCUCCAUGAGUGGAUUUGGAACCAUGUCCAGCGACAUGGACCUCUGUCUAAGUAUCAGUGACCAACACAUUGACCAAACAAAGGAAGCACCAGAGAUACUGUACCACAUUAAAAAGGCCCUGGCCAGCUGUACCUUUCUUAAAGAUGUUGUAGUCAUCAAAGCCAAGGUUCCCAUCCUCCGGUUCACUGAUAAAAUCAGUGAGGUGGAGUGCGAUGUGAAUGUAAACAACAUUGUUGGGAUCAGGAACACCCACCUACUGCGCUACUACUCACAAGUUGACUGGCGGGUUCGACCUAUGGUGCUGUUUGCUAAGAAAUGGGCCCGUUUCCAUGAUAUCAAUGACGCCUCCAAAGCCACCAUCUCCAGCUAUUCCCUAAGUCUGAUGAUAAUCCACUACCUGCAAUGUGGAUGUAGUCCGCCAGUUCUACCGUCCCUACAGAAACUUCACCCAAAUUUGUUUGCAAAAAACAUUGACAUUCGAAACCUAAAAAUGAACCAUCAAAUGGACUUCAAGGUGCAGAACCGGCAACCCCUUGGUGACCUGUUUGAAGGAUUUCUGGAAUACUUUACCUACAAAUUCAACUAUGACCGCGAUGUUAUUAGUGUAAGAUUAGGUGCUUGUAUGACAAAGAGUCUGGCUGUUUGUCAAACCGGGGAUGAUAAAAGCUGGAAACAUCUGAAGAUUGAAGAGCCAUUUGACUUUACCAACACUGCAAGGUCUUGUUAUGAUGCGAACAUCUUUGAAAGAGUGAAAAGAGUCAUCCACGUAAGUCAUCGAAAGCUGAAGCAGACUGGGAAGAUGGCAUCACUUUUUGAACAUCCGUUUUGAUCCUGGAGAUAAAACUGAAGAAUUAUUCUCAUUUAUAAGCAAAAUGGACCAACUUGUGUUCAAAUUUCUGCUCUGAAACUCUAUAAGUCAUCAUUACUGAUUGUAGAGAAAUCUAGAAGUUAAGGUCAGAAAUGAUUAGGAGAGGAAAAUUGAGAAACUUGUGGUCUAGACUUAUGAGGGGGAGGGGGGAACCCGUAAAUGAAGAAAUGAAUGUCAACUUUGCUUUGUAUGCUGUAAUAAGUCUCUGUUGCCCAGGGAAGGAUAAAGCAAACAUUGUGUUUUUGAAAGUGAAGAGUGCUUUAAAUAAUUGGGCUUGUUUUGGGAAGCUUAAGUGAACCUUUAUUUUCGCUUAAAAUGAAUUAUGGAAUGUGAUAGAAGCUGAAGCUUAACUUUACCCUAAAAAAGGAUGAGCUCUUUGAGCAAAUUCAGCCCCACCUUCAUCUGACAGUGAUAAGCAUUCUGUCGGGAACAGAAUAGUCUUCAGUGCAGCCAAUGUGUGAUGACCUAGUCUAACUGACUCUAGUAUAUCCAUACCAAGCAUGGAUAUGAUGCUGAGAAUAAGUUUGUGGUUUCAGUGAUCAUAUUGUGUAUAAAUUUCUGAACUGAACCAGUUGCACUAGAUUUGUUAAUACGACAAAACUGAUUCAGGCAACUUCAGAGUUACACACCCAAGUGUAAGCUAGAUGUAUGACCGAGGAACUGUAAGAAGAGGGGACAAUAAAACCCCACAUAAAUACUAUACAUCGACGUCAUCUUCCAAUGUUUCAAGUUGCGCAGGUGACACAAGCUAAUUUUUGCUUCAACUUUCCCAGAAAUAUUUAAUUUUGAACAUUUGUAAUGCAAAGUGUUUUCUCAGUUUACAGUACAGUGUUGUUUUCUGUGAUGGUACCUGGAACUCCGUUGGAUAUUGGUAUGAUAAAAUAAAGUUUGAAUUAUCAAUGUAAUACAUGUACCCCGUUUUGAAGUAAUGUUUCCUUAACAAAGUGUUAUUGUACAUUUACUUGGAUGAUUGACUGUCUUGAUUUUAUUGGUGUGUUGGAUAACUUGUGAUCUGGUGUCCGCAGUUUUUAUCAGUCAAUAAUAUCGAUAUGUGGUAUUGGGGAUACAGGUACAUAUAGGUAAGGACAUAGAUACAUAGAGAAUACAGGUACAUGUUGGUGACGCAACAGGUACAUAGUGAAAUACAGGUACAUGUUGGUGAUGAUACAGGUACAUAGUGAAAUACAGGUACAUGUUGGUGAUGAUACAGGUACAUAGUGAAAUACAGGUACAUGUUGGUGAUGAAACAGGUACAUAGUGAAAUACAGGUACAUGUUGGUGAUGAAACAGGUACAUAGUGAAAUACAGGUACAUGUUGGUGAUGAUACAGGUACAUAGAAAAUACAGGUACAUGUUGGUGAUGCUUGUAUAAACCUGUUCCUACAUGUAUGACCAAUAGAAAAGGGACGCAAAGAUAUAUGUACAUUUUGAUGAAUGGUACGAUGUAAAACUUAGACUCUUUUUUUCAAUAGAGAAAUCAGACAAUAGGUACUACUCGAAGCUAUUUAUAAUGGUGCAAGGAUAUAUACAUAUAGAAUGAAUAUUUUUAUGUAGUAGAGAAGUUUACUAUUAGUAACCCUAAGUAUUACUGUACAGAGUGUUGUAUGAUAAUUUAUAGAUGCCAUUGAUUUAGUGUUAAGAUAGAGAAAAGUGAAUAAAGUUGUAUGUUAGAUGUUUAUAAAACUUACCAGUAUAUUGAUGUUUAUGAGAGUAUGAAUCCCACUUUCUGUUGAACCUUACUAUACAAUAAGUAAGGAUAACAUGGCAUUUAUUUGACAAUUUCAUUCCUUACUUAUGCACAGUCCUGCAUUUUCCAGGCAUACUCAACCGCUGUCGUUUUGAGAAAAAAAUUUCAUUAAAAUUUCAUUCAGAUUUUUAAGUGGAAGUUCUCUGUUUCCAUGUUUGCUUUCAUGUGUUCAAUAUUGAUACUAUGUGUAUUUUGUGUUAAGACAGGAUGUUGUGUUGGAGUAUUCUGUCGUAGAGUGAGAAUACAUACUAGAAAAGCCAAUCAUGUAUACAAGUUUAUAAAGUUUUUCAGUUGUAGAGUGAAACACUUUUGUCUAUGUAAAACUUCUGUAGAAACUGCAUUUGAUAUUUCAUCACAUUUCUGUUUUUAAUCUUUUUAAAAUGUAUGUAAUCUGUAAAUGAUAAGAUUUUCUGUUGUACAUUUGAUUUCAGAAAGAUGGGUAACAUAUACAAAUACCACCUCUAGUGUAUGAUAAAAAUGUAGAUUUACUGUUAAUACAGGUACCAGGGGUACAUCAUGAUCAUUUGUUUUGAGAUAGUGUUGUUAUUCGUUGUCAUGUUGAGUUUGCCAAGCCAGUUGACCAUGGAAAUGACAAAUACCUUAAGUCUUUAUGAGGUAAACAUUUAGUAAUACUGUUUGUCUACAUUUAGAUAUUUUUAAUUACCCGACACUUGUUUCUUUCAUUAUCUGGCGCAUACGAUAUGUGUAUGAACUUUUCUACUGAAAUUUGCUUGAUUGCUGGACAAGUAGUGUAGUUAUGGCUGGUCCAGACUUUACCUUUCGGGUAAUUAUAAGAAAAGAAGUAGCGUAUGAUUUAAGAAUAGCAGAAUUUGUUGAGGUAAAGGCUUGAAGAAAAAGUAUCAAGCAUGAUGUUAGAAGCUGUGUGUGAAUACUGGUCCAUUCAAAGUAGUCAUCAGUAUCAAUAUAGUCGAUAUGAAAGGGAAAUCUUGUCUGGAUGAUAAACACGUCUCAUUGACAAAAUAAAUUUGUCAAGGUGUAUCGUUAACAUACAGCAGUGUUAUCUACAUGUGCUCUGUAAUCAAUAAGGUCACUGUAAUCUACAUCUCAAUGCCUGAAAUUUUGGAUGAUACAUAAAAGAUUAUCGGACAAAUAUUUGACAAGGAAGAUUUUUGUGUGCAUUAUUUUUUACUGAAGUCAGUUUAAUUUAUUCUCAUAAAAGAUAGGUGAAGAAAGUAAACAAAAAAUUCUGUUGUAUACUAUCUAAACAAAUUCAUUUCAAUGUGAUGAGAUAAUUUAGGAAUGUGACAGAAAUCAAUUGUUUGAUCAUUUUUGAAUGAAGUUUAUGUGUCCAAGUUACUCCUUAGUGUACACUCUUUCUGCCCAAAGUUUUAUCACCAAAUUUACAAGGCUAUGAUCAAUGGACAAGAUUGAUUGAUUUAAACUACUUUAAUUACAUCAAAGAUUGCCAUGCCGAAGGCAUAGAUAAAGAGUAGUCUAGAGUGUUUAUUUUUGUUCAUAUUUAAAAAUUCUCGUUCAAGUUGUUAAAAUUAACUGUUUAUUUUUCUUUUUCUUUACUGUUAGUACAUGCAUUGAUAAAACUGAAUUAAUUAUGCACACUUUACUCCUAAAAUUACAUUGGAAUUGAUUGAAAAUAGUUCUUAGAUCUUUUCAGGUUGUAAUUACGAGGAAUGAGAAUUUACAGUCUUUUUUAUCAUUACGUCUAUAUUUCCUAUAACAGUUUGAAGUGAGGAUGACUUGUUUCAGUUUGAAUCUGGUUAUGAAUGUUGCAAAAAAAAAAAAAAAUAUCAUUCACCUAUGAUUAUUUAAGCAGACCGAAGGUCUAAAAAGUAUAUAUUAGUGUUGUGAAUGUGUUGUAUGUCAAAACUGUAAUGCAAGUAGUUUGUAAUGUGUACAUUAUCCCAUUACAUGUGCUCCAAAAAUAUCUAUUCAUUUACAAUUUUCUUUUAUUCGAUUAAUUGUAGUUUUAUUUAUAGUUAAGUGUAUUCUGUACUUGUGUUAAAAACUGGGGCUGAUUUUGUUUCUGAUCAUGGCAAGUAUUCAUGAGACCAUUCUCAUGCUUAAAGAUGGAUUCAAGUGAAAGUCAUUUAAUCUGUAAAGAGGUUGAUUACAUAAACCAAAUGCCGACUUAAUUUCUUCUUACUGUUUUUAUUCUCGGAAAACAUUUCUAAUAAAAGAAAACUGAAGCUAAAAUAAAAUCCAUAUUGUGUCAGAUUGUAAUAUGGUAAAUAAACUGGAUACUUAAUUGAUGGUGUUUCCACUGGAUACUUAAUUGAUGGAGUUUCCACUGAAUACUUAAUUGAUGGUGUUUCCACUGGAUACUUAAUUGAUGGUGUUUCCACUGGAUACUUAAUUGAUGGUGUUUCCACUGGAUACUUAAUUGAUGGCGUUUCCACUGGAUACUUAAUUGAUGGCGUUUCCACUGGAUACUUAAUUGAUGGUGUUUCCACUGGAUACUUAAUUGAUGGUGUUUCCACUGGACACUCAAUUGAUGGUGUUUCCACAUACAACAAUAUUUCUGUCAGAUCAAUGAUUGAAAUUACCACUUAAUUUUUUUUCAGUAAUUAAGACUUACAACUUAAAGACUUCAUAUUUUGAUUGUCACAUGAUUUUAAUUAGUUGUAAGGAAUCAAGUUCAAAAUCCAUGUUUGAGAAUGAGAAUGAUUUUAAAAAUACAGGUUGAUUUCAGUCUCACUAAUGUGUUAUGAUCAUGGGCUCAUGUUUUGAAUUACAAAUUUAUUGUUUUCAAACUUAAAGUUAAAAUGAAAACAUUCUUUUCCAUGGAGGUAUAGAUCAACUCAACUCAGUUCUAAUUGUUGAUACUGCCAAGAAGAAAAUCUUUCCAAGUUUCUACUUUUUAACAAUAACAAAAACAAACAAACAAAAAAUUAGGAAACCUAUGAAGAUUUUUCCUUCAAUUUUGUUUUCGUUUUAUGAGGCAGGAGUGAGUCAAUGAUUAUAUUUUAUUAAGAGUGGUCAAAGUAGAUUGUACUGAUAUGGUACUCCAAAUAUAUAUUAAUAAAUGCUCUCUAGAUUUUAUUUGUAAUGAAUUUAGAUAUCUAAACCAGAAACUGCAUACAAUAUUAUACAGGAAAGAAAAAUAUUUAGAUUCAGGAAGUUCUGUUUAUUGGUACUGAAACUCAACUUCAGUUUGUGUCCCAGCUGCCCAAAUUCACCUACUACCAAACAGCAAUAACAUCAAAAUAUCUUAUGAUUAUUACACGAGAAACUCGCUAAAGUUAGUGAUGUUAGGACAAAGUACUGACCAAUAGGAUCAUCAAUUUUCCUUCAGGCUUUCCUCCACCUGGCACGUCCUUAAAUGUCUCUAGCUGUUAAAAGGAUGUAAAGCAAUAGUAAGCUAAUCUAAACUGGGUUGUAUUUUCAAACAGUCCUUGUGAGGAUAAGUUCAAGAACAGUGCUUUGAAAGCCUAGGUAACAUUGGUUGUCUAGUCUGAUGAUGGUGGGCUAUUCAAAUUGCUCUGCGUCUAUGGUCCGUUUGUCCAUAAACAAUUUUUGUUAUCGCUAUUUCUUGAGAAGUAUUGGAUGACUCUUUCUCAGAUUGCAUAUGUAGGUUUCCCUUGGACCCUUGUUGUGCCCAUUGGAUUUUGGGUCUGAUCAGAAAAACAAAAUGGCCAAAAGGUGGCCAUCUUGGAUUUUUUCAAUGAAGUUUGUUAUUACUAUUUCUUGAAGUACAUGAUGGAUCUUUCUUAAAUUUCAUAUGUAGGUUCCCCUUGGUCCCCUUGAGAACUACAUAGACCUUUCUCAAAUUUCUUGUAUAGGUUCCUUUAGGUCCCUAGUUGUGCCUGUUUGAGUUUGGGACUGAUAUAAAAAAAACAAAAUGGCCGAAGGCAGCCAUCUCUCAAAUUUCAUAUGUAUGUUCCCUUUGGUCUCUCCUUGUGCUCGUUUGAUUUUGGAACUGAUCAGAAGAAACAAAAUGGCUUCCAGGUGGCCAGUUUGGAUUUGGCAGGUGAAGAUUAUCAUUGCUAUACCUGCAAAGGAAUGUUUGAAUGUCUUACCAUUAAGAGCAAAAACAGAGAAGAGAAAAGAAGGGAAAAGAUCCAACUUUCAAAGAGCAUAUACCUGAUAAAGAUCAAACAAUGGUUGGUACCAAGAUCCCUCUUGGAUCUUUUGUUACAAUAAAUAACAACAGACACCAAGUUUUAACUGCAUGUAACCCCAUUUCCAGUAUAGUGUUAUUUUGUUGUUUGAUUUUCACAGUAAACAACAAUAGACACCACAAGUCUUUGAUCAUGUUUGACCCUAUUACUAGUAUAGUGUUGUUUUGUUGUUUAGUUUUUACAGUAAACAAUAGACAACAGCAGUCUUUAAUCACAUUUGACCCUGUUACCUAAAUAGUACUGUUUGUUGUCAUAAAUUUCACAGUAAACAACAAUAGACAACAGCAGUCUUUAAUCACAUUUGACACUGUGACCUUUAUAGUGCUGUCUUAUUUUCCUAGUAAACGACAGAUACUACCAUUUUUUUUUUAUUACAUUUUACUCUGUUACCAGUAUAGUGCAAUUGAAUUUUCCCACUAAACAACAGACACAAUCAAUCUUUGAUCACAUUUAACCCUGUAACCUGUUUAGUGCUAUCCAUCACCCAGCACCUUAAUUCAACAAGUCUGUUUAUUUCUCUUUCUUUUUUCUUAGUUUCAAAAACACAAAUUCAGAAAUAUUAAACCUACCUUCAAACUUUUUUUCUUCCUUUUAAAAAUUUGUGGAAACAAUUUCUUUAUGAUACAUCGAACCCAAUAUUUGGAAAGUUAUUUAUAUAUGCAUACAUAAUCAGUGACUUUUAUCAUUUCCCUACCCACAUCCUAAAUUGGAUACAGGUUCAGAUAUCCAGAUUUUCAGACAAUUUAUUUGAAAGGGAAAAAUUCCCUCAGAUGAGAUAGCCUUUUACGGAGUUUUGUUUACUCUCUAUAAUUUGCGAUGUGGUUUGUCUGGCAUGAGAAAUGAUUGAAGUUGUCGUGUUGACUUAUGUAGUCUGUAUGUAGUUAAACAUGGUGUAUUUCAUCCUGAAAAUGUCUGUAUACCUCAUAUCAGGCAAUUGUAUUAUCUGCAGUGAUAAACUCAUUGGAAAUAAAUAUUUUUUGUUA